AUGGUAGUGAGGCAGAGAAACAAACGAUCAAAAGGGGAAGACGUCCCAUCCCCGAAAGCGAAUACGCAGCUCAAGCAGGAUCUCCCAACGGUGCUAUCAAUUCCGGAUGUUGCUGGAUACGAUAUCAACGACUUGAUGAUGCCAUUGCCACCGCUCGACAUGGACAUAGUCUGUAUCGAUGAUGGCGACACGUACAGCUGGAAUAACGGACCGGGCCUCACAUACAACGGCGAUGAUGACAGCAUGACCCAAGAGAGCUCAGGAACCGGGCCAACACUUUCUCAAGAUGAAAGCAAAGAUACUUUAACAGAGCAGCUGAUGAAGUUAAGUCAGCGAGCCACGAGGGCCACACGAGAGUUGGAGUGCGGAGAAAUUGUUUUGCCAUUGACAGUAAAUUCACCUGUGGUGAAUGAAGCAUUCGAGACCGCGAAUGCCUUGGUGCGCAUCAUCAACAGUAUGCCGCUGACGGACAGCACGUAUGAGUCCUCAUUAUUGUCCCGCGAUAGCAGUCAACAACAGCUACCAACUUUUCUGGCUCUAGCCGCCUAUCAGUACGUCCUCGGCCUCUUUCGCGCAAUCUGUGGAUCUAUCAAAUGUUCCUCAGGAUCAAUAGCCCAGGGGAUUGAGCUGCAGCAACAGACAUUGCACGGUGCUGGCUCGUGCUCCGCGCAAUUCAUCAUGGUUUUGCAGCUUAUCAUGCAUCUCCUCAAUCGCAUAGGUCGUAGUCUUCGAACAGGGAGCCGAAGGAACUCGGACCAACAUGAGCUUGGGGGUGGAGAAGUCGGUAGCCUACAAGGUGUUGUCGAUUCUGCUCAAGUCAUGCUUAGAAGUAUGACUGAUGAACAUGUCAAGCUCGGUGGGGUGAUUCAGGAUCUUCAAGCUGGGAUAGAAGAAGGAGUUCAUAUGUAG